GCAGCAAAAAUAAUAGGAACAGGUUUAGCAACUACAGGUUUAAUUAGAGCAGGUAUAGGAAUAGGAGUAGUAUUUAGAGUAUUGAUUUUAGGAGUAGCUAGAAAUCCUUUAUUAAGAGGUCAAUUAUUCUCUUAUGCUAUAUUAGGAUUUGCUUUUUCAGAAGCUACAGGUUUAUUUACACUUAUAAUAGCUUUCUUACUAUUAUAUAUAGCAUCAUUUUUUUUUAUCUUAUAUAGAUAA